AUGGAGAUCGAGCUCGCUUAUGGUGAAUCUCGCGGAUACUGGAAACAUUAUUCACCCGGGAAGUGGUUUAAACAAGCGAAAGCCGUUGGCAAGAUCAACAACGUAAAAGCUACUCUGUUAUUUGAUUCUGGUGCUGAAGUGUCGAUCAUUGACACCACCUUUGCUCGUGAGGUCGGUUGCAAUAUUGACGAAAGUCAACGACAAGAAUGUAUCGGGAUUGGAGAAACUCCGUACAUGACGGUAGGACGUACCAAGAUCAAGGUGACCCUCGCGGGAUCGCUGGUAUACUAUUUCAAUGUAUGGGUAGGCGAUCUGGCAGGGCAAGAAGCGAUUCUGGGUAUGGAUUUUAUGGUGCCUGCUGGAGUGCGGCUCGAUCUAGCGGAUGGCGCGCUAUGUCUACCAGAAGAAAUCCGCAUUCAUCUCGCAGGACGUCGCCCCGCGUACGGAUCGAAGAUACAACAUAUAACGGCGAAGGACCAACACGUGGUGAUCCCGGUCGGAGAGUCAAGGGAAGUGAAGAUCGGGAUCGGAGGGGCUAAGAUGAAGUUGUGGGUCGCUAGAGGACUAGAUUGGGUCCCCACUGUGAUCUCGGGGUGGGGUAAGACGAAAUACCUGCAGAUGACCAACAUUGGCGACCGUGAGAUCAUACUGCCCACCCACACUAUAUUAGGCAUGUGGGUCGAAGGCGAUAUGGUACCGCGAACUCAAGGUUUGGUGACAGUCGGGUCAGGGAAGUACAAGGAAUGGCAAACUCUGGCAUAUGAGGCUACGACGGAUCGAGUGAACGAACUCCCGAAAGAACCGAUCGGACCAUUGGUAGAUCGUCCUACGUAUGCCGCUCCCAAACGCAUCUUGAAACGUCCGUCUGAUGCGUUACAGAACCUGUCUCCGGCGAUCUCCACGGUAACGCCGCAAGCUAACGAUGACGAUUCGCAAAAGGCAGAUGCUGUAGUUGCGAGGGAAGUAACGGUCAGGGGAGCCGAACUAUCGCGGAUGGAGAACGGUCAUGAGAUCGGUACCCAACAUGCAACGAAGGGAGACCGCGACACCGGGCAAGAAGGGCUACGUGACAGAUCGUCUCUACCGAAGGCUGAGCCGACUGACCGACUGUUGAAAUUGGGCCAGCCGGAAGAGACGAAGGAGCCUAAAGAAGAAAUAAUGCUAAAUACUGAAGACGUCGAGAUUGCAGAAAUACCAGUUUAUCACCACGAGAGCGGAGAUUUGUUUGCGGAAGAUAUCGAGCAGCAUAUGGCCGUGCUACCAGAGAUGUCGGCGACUACGGAAGAAGUUACGAUUGAGGACAUUCAGAUCGGUGAUCCCGAUGUGCCUCUCACCACAGAUCAACAACGGCUCAGAUCGCUGAUCUGGAAGAGCCGUCACCUCCUCAUGGGUAAAGGUAAUGCUCUACCACCAGCAGCACGAGGCGCGAUCUGUGAUAUUGAUGUCGGUGGGGCAGCACCGAUAGCGCAAAGAGUGCGUCCGGUCGCACCCAAAUAUCGGGAGAAGCUGUCAGAUCUCAUCAAAGGACUAUUAGCAGCCAAAAUCGUUCAGCCAUCCACGUCACCUUGGGCGUCUCCGAUAGUGGUGAUCAUCAAGAAGAACGGAGUGGAUAUUCGCCUUUGCAUUGAUUAUCGAAGAGUUAACCAGCUGACGCGUCUGAUGGUUUAUCCCAUGCCGUUGAUCAGCGAUCUGUUGGAAGAUCUGGAUAAAGCUCUAUGGUACUGUUCGCUAGACAUGGCUAGUGGAUUUUGGGUCGUCGAAAUGACUGAACGAGCAAAACUGAUCUCAGCGUUUGUCACACCGUUUGGCUUGUUCGAGUGGCUGCGAAUGCCUUUUGGGCUUAAGAACGCGCCCCAGAUCUACCAACGUCUGGUGGACAAUGCGUUGUAUGGAUAUCUCAAGAUCGGCCAGAGAUCAGCUUCUGAUGGCCCGAUCGACGUGUUCAAAGAUGGAGAACCUGAGACAGAUCGACGACCGUCUAUACUGGGACGCCGAUCUUACAUUGACGAUAUUCUCAUACCAGCCACGUCAUGGGGAUCUUUGUACACAAAAGUAGAACGGUUGCUGGAGGCAUGUGAUAAGUGGAAUCUGUCUAUCAGCCUCACGAAGAGCUUUUGGGGGUGCCGUAAGGUCGAUUAUUUGGGACAUCGAGUGUCGAUGGAUGGUCUGGAGGCUCAGCCCAAGAACCUAGAGUCGUUGGUUAACAUCCCGUUUCCUAGCACGCUACGAGCUAUGCAAUCCUUUCUCGGGAGCUUGAACUACUACCGUCGCUUCAUUGAGGAUUUCGCGGUGUAUGCCGCGGUGUUGUAUGAGUUAAGAGAAUCGGAUUUCUUCGAGAUCGGCCGAUCUCAGCUUGCAGCAGGAGACGAAUGCUCCAACGAGGGUCGAUGGACGGAAGCCAAGGUUGCUUUCACUAUGCUAAAAGCUAAGAUAGCUACAGCUCCCAUGCUCAAGCAUUUCGACCCAGAUCGGUCCCCCGUAAUCGUGGUCUACGCUAGCAAGUGGGCUGUCUCAGCGGCCCUGAUACAGGAGUACGAUGGCGUGUACCAUCCGGUGACGUUUACUAGCCGCACUUUAAAGCCUAAUGAGCUUAACUACGGAACGGUAGAAAAAGAAGUGCUGGCGCUACUUCGUGUGUUGGAUGUAUGCUAUACUACGCUUGCCUCGCGGGGAGAUCACUGUACUGACCCGACAUUCUACGUGAAGAAAUGUGAAAGAGGAGAGGAAGAGAUCCUGGGCAUGUUAGCAGCGAGUAUCACUCCGAGAGGAGAAGUGGAAGAGAUGCUGAUUGCGAUCUCCCCACGAAAAGACUGUCGACUCAAAAUAUCGAUGCCUCCUCCAACGGUGGAAACAGAUGAGGAGUUGCUGGUGGCCAGUUUCGAUGGAUCGGCUAGGAUAAAAAAGAAAGGAGGGUCGUUCAGUGCCGUGAUAUGGAAGUUACCCGAAUGGACGAUCGUGGCGGCCGAAUCGAGAUAUGUUCACGAUCUGACUGUGAAUGAAGCUGAGUAUAAUGGCUUGCUACUGUGCUUUGAGUUACUCGCCGAUCUGGAUAGGGGGCGAGUAAUACUGUGUGGAGAUUCCAGUCUGGUGAUUCGACAGAUGCGCGGUGAGAUCGACUGCAAGGCACCGGGCCUUCAGCUUCUGAGACACAAAGCGUUGGAGAAGCUGCAGUCAUGGCCUAGUCACGAGUUUCUGCAUAUGAAGCGAGAGUGGAAUCAGAGCGCAGAUCGACUAGCCAGCACAGCAUUGCAGAGCGAAAAGGGAAGAACGGUUGUAGCUGAAGAGGAUCGGCAAGAUCUGAUGACUCUGAACCGUCUCGAUGAAUUGUUGAAGCCCAAGCAAGAUGGUCAGCUAGCUCGGGUAACUGCGAUCGCGAGAUCAGCCAGGAGGAUACGUCAUGAACCUGAAGUGAUACAGGAGGAGAUAGUACAGAGGAUCAGGAUUCAACGAAUUGUCCAAGCUCAAGAUGAAGAGCGUUGGAUUGUCAAUCUCAAGACAUAUCUAAGUGGCGAUGUAUCAAACUUGGAUGCGGUAGAAGUGAAGAUGUGCGCCAAACUGGCGCCGGAUUACGAGAUCGAUGAGAACAAUCUGCUAUUUUUUUGCCCCAUGGCGAAAAGAGAGUCGGAAGAUCGCGAUGGUUUGAUGCGGUUGGUGAUCCCUGAGACGUUGCAGCAGGAUUUUUUGCAUCACUAUCACACGAGUCUGGAAGGAGGCCAUCAGGGUAUUGGCCGAACCUAUCAGAGGAUCAGAUCGCGAUUUCAUUGGAGAGGACUGUAUCGGAGCGUUCAACGAUAUGUGGGCGAAUGUACCGACUGUGAGACCGGGAAAGGAAACCCGAUGAUUCAUGGGAAAUCCCCGGGCAAUCUACACGCAACCUAUCCAUUCCAGAUCAUCGCCAUGGAUCAUAUACCGUCGUUGCCCAAGUCCAUCAAGGGGAACACCGAACUGCUCAUUUGGGUCGACCUUUUCUCGGGAUAUGUGAUUGCAAAGGCUAGCUCCUCUCGGACGGCACAAACAAUAGCGGAGAAUUACGAAGAAUGUGUGUUUCGACGCUUCGGAGCUAGCGAGGCUAUCAGGCACGAUCGAGAACCGGGAUUUAUGUCCGACUUCUUUCGAGCCUUCAGUCGGAUCGUAGGACAAAAACAGCGUGCUACUAUGGCUUACAGGCCACAAGCAAAUGGAACAGCCGAACGAAUGGUGCAAACCCUGACACAUUCGCUCAAGAUAUCGGAUCCGGGGGAUACCCCGUUUUAUCUGAUUCAUGGGUGGGACCCGCGAUCGACUUUGGAGGCUACGCUACCAGUGGGGAAUACGGGGACACGAGAUCGCGAUCCAAAGAGGUGGAGAUACAAAAUCCAAAGACAAUACCAGCGAGCCCGAUCUGCAGUGAACGAUCGUUUACAAGCCGCGAUCCAGGAGCGAGCGGAUCGACACAACGAAGAUCUGGAACCACACGAGAUCGAAGUAGGAGCGCAAGUUUGGCUAUACCUGGACCGAGUUAAAGAGGGAUAUGCGAAGAAGCUAGCGCACAUGUGGCAUGGGCCAUUCCGAGUUGCGGACGUAUGUGGAGAUCAUGCUGUAAAAUUGGAGAUCGCUGGAACCCCAUAUCGGUUAUUUCCGAUUGUACAUAUAUCGAAGCUAAAAAAGGUAAAGACGUUCCCUGAACGCCCGAAGGAUCAGCUUACGAUAGAGGAAUCAGAUCGCUUGGAUUUCGAUGAAGCUCUGCUGCCAGAAGACAGUUGGGAUGGCGAUCUUGAAGAAGGGGAAUACGAAGUAGAGGCAAUAUUGGACGUGCGAUCUGGUAGAAAAACCCGUUAUGGGCGAGUACACCGGCAGUUUCUGGUGAAGUGGAAGGGAUAUCCCGAUCUAAGUUGGGUGGACGAGGCCGAUCUAAGUUGUGGGGCGAUCUUGCAAGAGUUUGAGCGGAACCGAGUGAGUCGAAACCGUUUCGACGUAAUGCAGUCUCAUGAAGGCAAGUCGGACGAACCUUAA